GUCUCUUCACAUGUAAUCAGUCCCCACGAGCCAAGCGCGAAUAAAGGCGACAUGCAGACCCCAAUCAAUCAGUCCGUCUGUAACAUAUGGAGCUAUGUCCCCUAUCUAUUCACGUGUGUAUCUAUCUGUCGUGUCGUCUAUGGCGUCUGGCCAUCGAGAAAGACGGGCGCGAUGAAGCCGAGUGACCGCCGAGCCAGCCAUGCCGAGCGCCGAUACCUGGCCGGGAGGGGGUCGCCCGGAUUGCCUACCGGCUGCUCUGUCGUCGCCAGAACGACUUUCACUGACACAGAGAGAGACAACAGGGCCUGCUUGCACGAGACGCCGUUGGCUUUGCCCUUCCCCUCCCUCCGCUCACCGGUCUGACGGAUGUCAGCUGCGACACAGAAGUUGAUCCAUACUAUGAAUGGGUCGUCGAACGCCGUCAGCAGAUGAGUCUGAUAUGCAGACCCAUCAUCCCACUCCCCCGUCACGACGGCUGUGCAUCCCUCCAGCGAUGUGUGGGGCGACCGCGUCAGCAGGCCGUCCAAAUAACCACCCCUCGCCCCACUACAUACACACAUACACACAUGCAAGGACGGAGAACACGCUGCUUCUCCCAUGUAUGACGCUACGUCCCCUUCCCCCACAUGACGUACCGAUCGAUAUUCAUCUCCGUGGUGUGGAACUCGACGCCACUGCUGUAGUAAUGCGAGUUGAUGACAUCCACGAUGAAGGCGCUGCCCGAUGCGAAGAUGAAGUCAGCCCCGCCUGCCACCCACUCCCCGUCCUCCUCGGUGUCAUAAUAGAUUGUCGACCGGACGGGAGGGUCGUCGUGCUUCAUGUGCUGCUGUAAGGGGUGCUGCUGCAGGGGGUGCAGGUGGUCGGUGGGGAGGGGCGGGUUGAGGGUGAGGACGAACUCGGGCUCGUCGCGGAUGGCUCGGAUCUCGUGGUGGUGGGGUCGUGGAACAGCUCGAAGGUGCCGGCCUGCUGGCCAUCAGCGCGGCGGAAGACGACAUGGCGACCGACGAUCACCCACUGGGCUGUCACACGGGGCAUUGACAAAUAGGCCUGACACACACAGAUGCAGACACACGCCCAUAUGGCUCGAUUCGCCGCGUGUUUGUGUGCUCCCUUACCGUCUUGGUGUUGUGCUUUUGGAGAUCUCCAGCAUCUAUAGUGAUGGGCAGCUGACAGUACCCCAGCUGCCCCGCAAACCGCAGCCCGUUCCCCACCUCCCCCCACCGGCCCCCCUCCUCCAUCAGCCACAGGGCCUUCGUCACACCGCCGUCGCCCAGCUGAGGAGCGAACCGCACCACACCCGUCAGACCCGCCUUGUCGACGGCGUCGGUCAGCCGGCUGCGGAGGGCAUCUCGGAUGUGGCUCCUGAUCAGUCGCGCGGUCGUCCUGAGGCGGCCCACGCCCGUCAGGUCUGUGGAUGUCUGCAAACGAGCCAUGGCGUCGGCCGGGAGGUCCUUCAACUUGGCCUGACCAAGGCAAACGAACACACAACAGACACGCGAUUGGUGACACGCGACACACGAAUCACUCGCGUGUAUCGUGUCACGGUUUGGCUGACCGAUGCGCCAGUGCGCGGCUGAGGGAAGGUGGCCGACUUGACAAGCGCCUUCAGCGUGGCCUUCAGCUUGGCAUACUGAUGCAAUGCGGCUAUCAUGUGAAGCGAACAAUCCUGCAUGCGUGACACACACACACACAGCGGCAGGGGCGUGUGUAUCCGCCCUUGUUCUGCCGAUGUCGCUUCGUGAGUGCUGCCUGCCUCUGGGCGUACGUACCUGCGAUGAGAGUGCUGAUGGGUCCAGUGCGGACAGGCGGUACAUCAGGCAGCUGAUCUGCAUGAGAAGAGAAAACAAGCGUGGCCUGGCUUCCGGUGAGGCUGCCGAUGGAUCAAUUCCAUGCUUGCUGACCUCCGAAUGCUCCUGUUCGAGCCCAGUCAUGGUGGGCGCUCGUAGUGGGUGCAUUUUUGCGCUCCUUCUCCCUCCAAGCGUUACACGGGACACACUGCGAUCAUGACGGCCACCAUCCUGACAUCGAUCAUGGAAGACAGCGGGUGUGAUGCGGUGGGGGAGGGAGGGACGCCCCAUAAGCGACGCAGGGUGGAG